AUGAAGAUCUUUAGAUUAGGUAUUACAUCUCUUAUUGUGUUACUCGUUCUAGCUAGUUCCUCAGAUGCAAGAUUGCCAACCUGCAAUCCUAGCGGCAAGAUAAAGGCGAAAAAGCCGCCGACGGGACACUGUGACAUUGAAGAUGAUGACAUAUGUUGCAUCAAAGGCAAAGUGUACACUACUUACAAAUGUUCACCCCCAGUUUCUAAGAAGAGUACCAAAGCAGUUCUCACAUUGAAUAGUUUCGAAAAGGGUGGAGAUGGAUAUGGACCAUCAAAAUGUGAUAACAAGUAUCAUUCUGAUCAUACACAUGUUGUAGCUCUUUCCACUGGUUGGUACAAUGGAGGAGGAAGGUGCCUUAGUAACAUUACAAUAAAUGCUAAUAAUGGAAUAAGUGUAAAAGCCAUGGUUGUGGAUGAGUGUGACUCAACUAUGGGUUGUGAUGAGAAACAUGAUUAUCAACCACCUUGUCCUAAUAACCUUGUUAUAGCUUCACAAGCAGUUUGGAGAGCUUUACAUGUGCCCAUGAACGAAUGGGGGGAGUUGGAUAUAACUUGGUCUGAUGAAUAG